ACAAUGGUGGCUUCAUAUCGCCGACUCAUUGGUUCAACUUGUCAAAUGAAGAGCCAGUGCCAGUCAGUAGCAGAGCUGUGAAGACAAAGAUGGAACCGGGUCCUUUCUCAGUCAGGUCCUCAGCUUUCUGAGAGUCUCUCUCGAUCAGCAUCACCGCUAUUAGCCAAAGAACUCCACAUUGAUGCUGUCAUCUCCCCAGAAUACAGUUCUCAUGGUCCCUUUGACAGUAUCCUCUGUGAGCACUUUACCAUACCAAGGUUAGUGAAAUACUCUGCCCUUAUCUGUACUAAUUAUACAAAUGUUUUGUAUUCAUUAUUAACCAAACAGAAGUGAAUGGCCUGAUAUUGGGGAGGGACUAUCUGAAUUUGGCCUAUAAGAAACUCCCGUUUUCCGUUUGUUGCAAACGGUUUUGCUAUUGUGUUCACUAAUGAAUCCGACCCUGGCCUUGGUUUAUGCUUCAUACUGUUGCCCUACUGUUGUUGUUUUUGCGUCUUCCCUGUAGGAUUUGUUUUGCACGCACCAUGCUGUAUUUGAUCUUUUAUCUUUGUUCCUUCUCUCCUAGACUUUGUGCGGCUGAGGAGUGUUUUGGGCGUCCCAUCUGAAGGGCAUCCUGAAGUCUUGGAGAGCAACUCUGAGGGAAUCACAAGGUCCACACGUCAAGCAGACUAAUGCGUACACUUAUUUAUACAUUUACAUUCGGAAGAACAGAGGGAGGUUGGCCAUAAUGAUUUAACAAAAGUUUUUCCUAUUCUACUGUGUGUGUGUGUCAGAUAAAAUAGCGUGCCACCAUAUCUUGCUGCUUUUCGUCAAAUCUACAUGAGCACAUGAUUGGGUAUUCUAUGACACUCUUCUUACUUGGAACUCUGAACUUUCAUUCGGUGGCCGGUUGUGUAUUUCAAAGUGAAAAAGGUUUGUGGCUCUACAGAGGAGGAGGAAGACCAAGGUCCUUACCUGGCAAACACUGUCCACACAUCUCUAUACAUGGGCGGCUCCACCAAUAGCCUGGCUCCCUGUUCCCUUGUUGGCGAGGAGCCUUCCCUCUGGACUAGCCUGUCUCCCCCUGGGCUCUCCAGCACCGUAGACCAAUUCUCCACUAUCAUCCAGCCCCACAUGAAUGAAAGGUUUGACAAAUUGGUGUGUGUUGGGAUCAAUGAAGACAGAGUCUCAGCUGCAAGUUCUGAAGGCCAUAAUCAGAAAGGUCAAGGUGGACCCCAGCGUCAGUCUCCAGGAUGUAGUGGAACGCUGCCCUGUAUGCUCCUCUGCUCCAACGCCAUGAUGUCUGCCGUUAAGAGGAAGAUUGCAUGUGUCACUGACGGUCUGGACACAGAGGAUACUCCUCUUAUGCUCUCUGCCGACGACUUCAACCAAGCAUUGGAUUGUCUCAAACUGUCCGUCUCUGAACAAGAGCUGCUCAAAUAUAAACUCAUUCAGCAGAAACUCACUGCAAAAUAACCAAGCCGCCCAAGCCUAGUGCCAUCAAGUAUUCGGCUAAGCUAUUCUCUUCUGCAUGCACUACGUUACCCCAAAUCCUCUACCACAAGCGUGUAUUCCUCAAGAGUUUUGGCUCUGCAAAAACCUGGGGGUGUGAAGUUCUUUUCUCUGCACUAAUGAGUGGUGUCAUUUAGUCCAAGGGACCAAACUAGUACACAACCUAAUUAGUGCACAACAUUGUAUGUGGACCACGUUGGUACAGUUUGCAAUUUGCACAAUCAAUCUGAACAGUCAAGGUAAGGUUAGUGCUCUAUAUUUGUAACCACUAGUGUCUGAAUUGAGCUGAAGCUUCAGAACUUGGUAGUGUUAAUGGCAGCAACAAAUGCAUAUGAGUUGUUCAAAUGAAAACUAGUAUAUCCAUGGCCCUCCAGGAGAAAAGUUGGGACGUCACUUUCCUAUAUUCUCAAAGUGACACUAAUGCUGCUGUUCUGUUUAGUUUCUCCUAUUCUCAGAGUUACUAGCCAUAUGUUGUCCAUUAAUUGCAAAGUUGUCUCUUACUGAGUCUUGCAUUUCAACAGGACGUUCCAAAUCUGUAGUUUAUUUUUCCAAUGCUUCCCCAACCUGAACUGUUUUGAAUGCUGGUUUCUUUUACAAGCCGUCCUUUCAGAGACUCGUUUGAGCAACAAUAGACCCAGCCAAGCCUUCAACAGUUCAAGUAAAAACAACUAAUAUAAUGGGUUGAUGGAAAACCAGCAUACUCAACAGUUCUCCUAGACCAAGUUUUGGGUAACACUGGUUGGUGCAGAGUUUCCCCUUCCAUCCUGUAGAUCAUUUGCAUAAAAUAAAGUAAUACAAAAUGUACAAUUAUUUUAAAAAACAAGUACAGUUUACAGAACAAAUACACAUGGAAACAAAGCUACCGCAUUAAUCCAUGAGGAUGUAUCUGGGUCACACUUUAUUAAGUUGUCAGUUUAUUGCUUUAAGGAGUCAUCAUUUGUUACAGCACGAGUAACAAAGCUGAUGUUCCUCUGAGUGACACAUCGUUGGAGGAAUUUCAAUGUGUAUGGUUAAAAUCAAAGUUGAGCUUGAACUAGAGUUUAGUAAUUCUCUACUAUAAUUGACUAUUUCAAUUUUGUUCUUUGUGAAGACUGUGGAACGAAAGUUAAUGUAUUUACAUGUGAAAUGGAAAUUAGUAUAAAGUGUAACCAUGAUAAAUUAACAAUCUAAUUUAUAUUAUUCAAAGAUUGCUAUCACUGUCAAAAAUUAUACUUAUAUUUUUGUAGGGUGAGACAUUGUGCUUUCCAUCUCAUGGUAGCAAAAAUGACAAUGAUUACAAAAGUAAGACAAACAAAUCUAUAAAUUGUGAGUUGUGUUAACUAUAACUUUCAAAUGGUGCAAACUUUUAUUUUUUUCUAGCCAGGUUAAGUAAUUGUAAUGUUUAUGUAAUGAAUUAUCUGAUUUUAAAAAGUCUAUCACUCAGGUUGGUAAAAUAAACUUUACCAAAAUAUUAACUUGCUUUACUUGAAACCUUGCCAAUAAAGACUACAUUGAAGUGUCAUAA